AUGGACCAGGCACCAUGCUGAGGACUUUAGAUAAAAACCCAUUAAGACCAGGCCCUGUAUAAUGGAGCACUCUAACUUCUUUUGAGAGGACAGAAAUCUGGAAGGAUUCUCCUUCUUAAAUGGUUGAGAGUGAAAGCUAGAUGGCAAAUUGCUAGAAGAUACUCAGAUGGGCAUACUCAGGAAGUUAGCCAAAGAGGAGAAGGUACAGAGAGGUAUGUAACUAGACACAAUUAUGACAGAUUAGCUGAUUCAACAAUAGAAACAGGCAACAGGAAUUAACCCCCUCCCCCACCUCCCCAGUUACAAAGAGCCAGCUAAGAGAGAAAGGAAGGGUGUGUAGCAUUGAGUGGCCUUGGUAACUCGGACUGUAUGUGAAUGUACUGCCAAAAAAAAAAGGUCAGAAUAUACUCAGAGCAAGAACUUAGAAGUAUUGCAAAAUGAUGCUCAACCAGAGAAUGGCCUGGAAUCAAAAUACAGGAGAAAAAUAGGCAGACUGGAUCUGGAAAGGCAAGUGCAACUGAUAGCCUGGCCAAAAUCUAGAUACUUCUAAAGAAGUGAAAUAUUUGGGGAAUUGAUUUUUUUUUUUUAAACCUUAAAGAAGGAUUCUAUACCUGUAUUCCUACUCCAAGGAGUCAAAAACAAAAAUGAAGUUUUGGAGAUACUAUCUUUGUAUCAUCACUACUCAGAUUAUAAUCAUGGUCACAGUAUUGUACAACAUUCAAGAACAUCAACCAAACAUGGGUCUAACGGAGGACAUAGAUGGUAAAGACCAAACCCUUUCCUUAUCACAAGCCUGCAGUGCAGCCCUGGAUGAGAAGACAGUGGGUACGUUGACAAACGCAUUAUCUACAACGUUUGGAAUAGAUCAUUGCCCUUACUAUGUGACAGAAAACCACUAUAUCACAGCUCCUUUGUCUAUAGAAGAAGCUGCAUUCCCUUUGGCAUAUGUAAUGACCAUUGGUCAUGAUUUUGAUACAUUUGAACGACUCUUCCGAGCUAUUUACAUGCCUCAAAAUGUCUACUGUAUUCACCUAGAUCAAAAGGCUUCAAAUAAAUUUAAACUUGAUGUGGAACAAUUAAUCGAGUGCUUCCCAAAUGCUUUUAUAGCCUCAAAGUCUGAGUAUAUCAUUUAUGGGGGAAUAUCCAGACUCCGGGCUGAAAUGAUCUGCAUGAGAGAUCUUCUAGCUUCAGAUGUGAACUGGAGAUACCUCAUUAAUAUGCGUGAUAACGAUUUCCCCCUAAAAACGAAUAAGGAGAUAGUUCAGUAUUUGAAAACACUGAAGGGGAAAAACGUUACCCCUCGUUUAGUGUCCAUUCAGAAAUCUGCUGAAAGAAUCAAAUACGUCCAUGUAGAGCAUAGAACCAGAACACAGUCUUUAAUCCUAAAGAAACGUAAAAAGAAGAACUCACCUCCAAAUCAGCUUAAAAUCCACUUUGGUUCAGCUUACGUUGCCCUAACAAAGGAAUUUGUUCAAUUUGCUCUUUUUAAUAAAAUAGCCAUUGAGUUAUUCCAGUGGUCCAAAGAUACAUACUGUCCAGAUGAACAUUUCUGGAUUACACUUAACAAUAUUCCAGGUGUUCCUGGAUCUAUGGCACAAGGAACCUCAGAUAUGAGUCUUAGAGCUGUGAAGUGGAUUUUCCAGGAAAAUAUUCAUAAAGGCUGCCAUGGCCACUAUUGGCAAGAUAUGUGUGUCUAUGGGCCUGGUGACCUAAAGUGGCUCUAUAACUCUUCAAGCAUGUUUGCUAGCAGAUUCGAGUUGGGGAAAUACCCACUUACGGUGGAAUGCCUGGAAUUGAGGAUUCGAGAGAGAGCCCUAAAUCAGAGUGAAGUCCCAGCGAUACUAGAAUGGAAAUUUUUCCCACAUUACAGCUACUUUAGAGAAGAUAGUACAAAAAAAACAAUAAAAGACCAAUAG